UGAGAAAAAUGCAUUUCGUCAUGGCAAACAACAACAGCAAUAACAACAAUAACAACAACAACAACAAAAUAUUGGUGGGCAAAAGAAGGAAACAUUCUGAAAUCGACUUGAACUAUUUACUUUUAAUAUCUUAUAUCUAAUAUACUAGUUUAUCUUAACAGGGAUUAGUAGUAGAACGAUUUGUCAACACGGAAACAAAAGAAAAAAGUGCUUGCUAUGCACGAUACUUAAAUAUGACGACAGCCCCUACCAAAGAUGCAAAGAGAUACGAGGACGAAGAGAUGGCGUUACAUAAAAAGACACAAGAGGAACAAUCGCCCCAGAAAUGGAAAGCUACAACAAGACAGUUGUCAAAACACGUGGUUUCGGAGAAUGUAGCAGAAAUGUGCAGAGAUACAGACAUCUUCUGGAUGGAAAAAGUAGAAGACGAGGGAGGCAUUGUAAAACGUGAAGCGUGUUAUGACAUCGGUUAUACGUACGUGUGUUACCCGCAGUCAUACGCAUGCUCAUAUUACUGCUAUCUAGACCACUACUGCAUGACCGCUGAUGGUAGUGUCUACCUGUACAAGGAGACUGAUGGCUGGUACUGUGAGGAAGGCUGUUACCCCGGCACAAAUAAUCCAGUAUGUCCAUAAGAUGCAUGUGACAUUUUCUUUUCAAACAUAUGUGUGCAAUUAAAUCUUACUUUUUACAAACGUUCCUGUAUCGAAAUAAUGGAUGUGAUAAAUAUUGACAUUUUACAUGUUUACGUUUUGAGUAGACUACCUACGUAGUCUAUAAAAUGUGUAAAUUUGCGAGUAUGUUGCAUUUUCAUUUCUUUUUCCUACUUUGUGUGUUGGUUUUGUAACAUUUUUGUCUCAAUACAUGUCAGUUGCAAUUUUGAAUCGAUGACAUAUUGCCAAUCAACGGAACUGGCCGUUUUACAUGGCUCUGAUUUUCUUCAAUAUAUCAUUGUCAUAUUUUCGUACAAUUGUGCAAUACUCAUUUACUGACUUUGAAAUAUUUAUUCUAAUUUUCACAUUCCUACAAUUCAGAUAAACGUAUCUAUUUGUCAUAAUAUUUUAUUUAUUUAUCUCAAACGAACUAUAUCAAGGUUGAAUUCAUAGUCGGAAAUAUACACGGAAACGACCGAGCAUUCAUUUCUACUUCCAGACAGUGCUGAACAGUAUAUCAUUUUUACCCUGUAUUUCAAAUUUGAGACUGUGGAUAUUUUAUUUAUUUAUUUUUUGUGCAAUAAAUCUCUUUAAAAUAAUAAUAACAAGAUUUUUAUUAUAUGAGAAGUAAUUCUACAAGAUAUGUGUCUAAUAAUGUAGCCCUUGUACUACAUACACGUUCAGCAGUAUUUGAUCUUAUUUUACGAACAUGUUUUGCCACUUUAUUUUAUUUUUGUUUGCGUUUAUAUUACUAUGCAAGAUUUUUUGAUCAAUAAACGUUGAGACAGAA